AUGUUACUGAAUUCUGAACGGACCUUGGCUAUCCGGGGAUUUCUUCUCGCAACGCACAUUGCCGUAGCGGGUGCUCGCCGGUGGACUGUAAACAAUGACUGCCCUUUUACUAUUUGGCCAGCUAUCUACACUAGUAAUACCUCUGCGGUCACCUUGAGUGGAGUCGAAACCGGCUGGGAAGCUCCUCCCAACAGCUCACGUUCAUUCGUUGUCCCAGAAGGUUGGCACGCUUUUUUAUUUUGUUUCGGUUGGUCUGGUGCAUACAUAUGGGGGCGCCGUGAUUGCAAUUUUUCCUCGGGAAACAGUCCGGCAGACACCAAUACGACUAUAGGAGGAUGCGUUUCGGGAGGAUGCCCAGGUGGUUUGUACUGCACGGGGUUAGGUUCUCCACCUACGACGCAUGCCGAAUGGACUUUGGCUCCUGGAGAUGGCAGCGGGGCAGACUACUACGAUAUUUCAAUAGUCCAGGGGUUUAAUUUGCCCAUGUCGGUCGUGCCGAGUGCGGUGGAAUGUGGGAUUGCGGAGUGUGCAGUAGAUCUCAAUGCGGGUUGCCCAGAUCCCCUUCGAGGACCUUUUGCCCCCAAUACCAACAACACAGUUCCGAUUGGUUGCAAGUCCGCGUGCACAGCAAACCUGGACGGGAACCCGGAUAACAGUGCUGCCUGCUGUACAGGGCAAUUUGCCGAACCGGGCGCAUGCCCUGCCAGUGGUGUUCCAUUUUACGACUAUUUCAAGAACGCAUGUCGUUUUACAUACGCAUAUUCACAAGACGUGACUUCGGGUACAGCCCUACAGACUUGUCCUGGUUCCAGCUAUCCAGACUACGCUGUUACUUUUUGCCCUCCAACCGUUUUAGCGUCAAACACUACCACGCAGAGCGGCGGCCAUAUAGCCACGUCCGGGACGAUAACUGGUAUUCCAUCUAUGACUCCCGCAGUCACAAGUACUCUCACUUCAUCGAGGAGCUUAGGGACAUCUCUGAUUCCCUCCAAUGCCAACAGCGCGAGCACUCUACCUGUCAUGCAGAUUGGAUUAAUGCUGGGAUUGGUUACCAGCAUUUGGGGUUCUGCCCUGUAG